GCUUUUUUGAAUCUACUUGGUUAGCUUUUCAUCAAUACAGAUGUAAACUAAGGAUCUUAAUAACUGUAGCUAAUAACAUAACAAGUACAGUUGCAACUCGUAACACAAGUGCAUGUGGUGGUGAUUGGAGAACAUGGUCAACAUUCAGAGUCUUGGUAGCUGCAUUACCAUCUUGAAAAUGAGAGAAUCAAUAGUAACUCCAUUAAUAAAUAAAAAGAGGGAUUUUUUUAUUAAUUCCACUAAUUAAUAAAUGAGAUUUGUGGAUUACAUAACUACCCUUACUAUCAUAAUGAGACACUGUGGAUAUAUAUAUAUGCAACAAAAUAAGCCAACAUCCAAUUGCUCUAGAAAAUUUAUACUCUCUCAAAAAAUGCCAAAGAUCAUGUGGAAGAGCCUCCAUCUUUGCUUCCCGUCAAAUCUCACCAAAUGCUACUCUUCGCCGUGCCUUCCUCCAUCGGCCGCCGCCGCUGCUGAGGACGACGAUCCCAGCCGUCCCUCUAUCGUUCUCAUCAACAACUUCAACCUACUCUACCACAACGACCACAACAACUACCACCACCGUGUCGUUGACUUACCUUCCUCAUCCACCGCCACCACCUUCUCCUCUUCUGCCACGUCAUCAUACGAAUCCGAGAGCCAAGACAUUUCUCCUGAAUUAUCCGCCGCUUUCGCUUCCCGUCGCUUCUUCUUCUCUUCCCCUGGCCGAUCAAAUGCAAUCACCGACUCACCAGAAACACGGUCAAGAGAACUCUCUGAUAAUAGCGACAGUGCCACGAUCAAGACACCAAAGAAGACGAAGUACGACACUAGCAUGAACACCACGAGGCUUCUAAGCGGAGGUUCCGCCGUGAAGCAACACGUUUACUCACCGGAUCCGUUAACUGACUUCCGACGGUCAAUGCAGGAGAUGAUUGAUGCCGCCAUCGAAGCCGGAGAUCUUAGCCAUCCCGACGAGGGUUAUGAUUACUUGAACGAGCUGCUUCUCAGUUAUCUAGCGUUGAAUCCAACCGACAUGCACAAGUUCAUCAUAAGGGCUUUCUCCGACAUCAUGGUUUCACUCUUGUCGGAAGAACGUCGGAUAUGAUAACGCCGCGGCCGCCUGGAUAAAAAAUGAUCGUGUAAUAAAUGACCCACGUGAUUUUAUUAAUUAAGUCAAUGGACCUAACUACUAACAAUUUUAUCUCUCUUUUUUGUAUUUUGUAUUUUUUAUUAAAUAAACAUCAACAGAGGUGAACUAAUGGCUGUAAAAUGGUAAAUAUAUAAUGGAAUUAGCGGGGGAUAGAAAGGAAUUGAACAAGGAGGAAAAUGGAAUACAUCUAUUUCAUCCAUUCACGAUCAAAACUGAAGUGAAAUAAUUUUCUUUGCAUUUUGUUUCUUUUUGUGUGGAAAUGAUGAAAUGAGCACAAAUGAUAUUUUUGUAGAUUUGAUGGAAUAGAGAAUUCUGCAUUAUUCCA